CCGAUAAAAGUUUUUAAGUGUUAUUGUCUCUUAGACUGGCAAAAUUGACUUCGAAACAAUCUCUUCGUAGUUAUUUUCAUUGGCUUAAAAACUACUUUUCUAUUAACAAUUUACUCAAGUAAACCUUCACACCCCAUUCUGUCCAAAAAAUAUAAAUUACUGGUCACUUUUGUAUUUCAGGAUAAUUGUUCUGAAGUACUGGUACUUGUCAGGUGGCAAUAAUUAUUUACUUAAUUAAAAACUGUGUUUCUACUCUCUAGGUGUAUUAGUUCUGAUUAUGUGAUUUAAUUGACUUUCGGAUAAUUAUUGUAGCUGCAAUUAAACACCCGAUUUCUCAACAUUGGUGAUGCGGAAAUAAGAAUUCCUGUGUUAUAAAUGCAAAUGUUAUGGAGUUGGUGAAGUGUUCUCGCGUACAGGCUGCAGCUGCUAUAUUUGGCAAGGAACAAGUGCAUUUUGUUUGCAGAAUGAUGAGAAAGUCUUUAGCGUUGAAAUGCCCAUAUAUAUUUGACAGGUUGUUCAGUGGCUUAUGGACACCAUAAAGUAAGUCGUUUUCGUAUGGCCUUACUACGUAUAUUAUUUCCUUUUGAAUAAUAGUUUGUAUUUUUUCACGUGCUAUUUUUUGUUCUGUAGAAUAAAUAGAUAAAGAAUUAUUGACCUUUGAAAGAUGAAGGGAGAUAAGGCACAUUGGCUUAAAUAAAAGCAUUUAAUUUCCAGUCAGUAGAUCCCCGGACUGGAGUUUCACUCCAUCUACUUCAGCCUGAGCAACUUGGUAAUACCAUUAGCGCAUACAUGUUAAAUAUAGGCCCGUAGCCUAUAGUUUUUACUGGGUAAUAAUUGAGUUCUACAAAAAAGAUAAUUAAUCACUCAACCUUUGAAAAAAUAAAACGAUUGGAUGAUGAUUAGUGUUUCAAACGAUGAAUUGGAUUCGAAUACAAAUAAUGCUUAUUUACAGCUCCUAAGAAAUAUUAUUAACAUUACACAUGAAGUAGAUCCCGAUUUAGAAUCAUCAAAUGAUCGGUCAGAAGAAUUACGUGAAGUCAGCAACAAGUUACGUGAGCGUCUCCUGAAUGAUGAAAAGCAGGCAGACAGUCUAAUCACUCGGAUACAUUCGAUCAAACGUAAAAUUAGGCAAUUAAAUGCCUCCAUUGAAAAAUACAGGUCAACUAAGAAUGCAUACAUGAAACCAAUGGAAUCAGAAAGUAUUUCUUCUGAUAGUUCAUCAUUUUCACGUGAAUAUGAAAAUUCAAAUUUAACGCAAAUAUAUAAAUUAAUUCAACCAUUUGAACGUCUACUUGGAAUUCAAAUACAAAAAACACAUUGUGGAUUACUACAAUUAUUGUUUCAUGGUUGUACAACUACCGACAUUGUUUGCUGUUGCCAGUUACGAUUUAUGGCUGGCAAUCGCUUUGAACUUGUAUUAUGCAAUCCACCUAUACCUGAUGUGGAAAGGCUUGUUAAUCAUUUAAAUUGGACAGAAGAUAUGCGAAGCUUUAUCAUUGUCUUAAGACAACGUUUUCGUCAUUAUUUUCAACUGGCUGCUGCAGUUUCUAAUAAACUAGGCAAUGAUUAG